UGUUGAUGUUCUGUCAUCGUCACAUUCGUCACUCUGCUGAUGAUGAUAAGUAUUUGAUUAAUAGAGGUUACGUUCUCAUUUUAAUCAGAACUUCUCAUUUGUCACUUGCACAAAAUUAUUAGCGUUUCAACGUCAUGGACAAUUUUAACCCAACUGAACAUCAACACCAACGGUACAAUCCCUUGACCGGUGAUUGGGUCUUGAUUUCGCCUCAUCGGUGUCAACGUCCCUGGGCCGGGCAUGAGGAACCUGCGCAAUCUUCGGCGUCCGUCCCUCCCUUUGAUCCCAAGAAUCCCCUUUGUCCUGGAGUUGUCAGACCGAAUGGGACCCUGAAUCCAAAUUACACAUCAACUUUCACCUUUGCCAAUGAUUUUCCUGCCCUAUUGGACAAUGUGCCAGGUCCACUCCCCAAUACUGAGGAGGACACACUCUUCCAAGCAAUCCCAGCUAAGGGGACGUGCCGAGUGAUGUGCUUUCAUCCAAAGUCUAAUGUGACAUUGCCAGUUAUGACGGAUCUUGAGGUCUUGGCCGUGGUGGAUAGGUGGGUAGAAGAAAUGUUGGACCUAGGUAGAGAAUAUGUCUGGGUACAAAUAUUUGAAAAUAAGGGAGCCAUCAUGGGUUGUUCGAAUCCACACCCUCACUGUCAAAUUUGGGCUUCCGGCUUCCUUCCCAAUGAACCACGGAGAAAAGAUGACUUUCAACGCCAAUAUUUUCAGAAGCAUGGGGCACCACUUCUGAUGGACUAUGUGAAACGAGAACUGAAACGCAAGGAGCGUAUUGUGUGCGAAAAUGAAGAUUGGGUCGGAUUGGUGCCAUGGUGGGCAGUGUGGCCGUAUGAGACACUACUCCUACCAAAACGCCACAUCCAACGAUUACAAGAUUGUACGAAGGAAGAGCGAGUGACUUUGGCAGAUAUGAUUAAGAGGCUAACGAUUAAGUAUGAUAACCUCUUCGAGGUAACGUGUCCUUAUUCGAUGGGGUUUCACGGUGCUCCCACUGGAGAGUUCUUGCAGAAGGAUUGUUCCCACUGGGUAUUUCACGGCAUGUAUUUUCCCCCUUUGCUCCGAUCCUCCACCGUGAAAAAGUUUAUGGUCGGAUACGAAAUGUUGGCCCAAUCCCAGCGUGACCUGACUCCUGAGCAAGCAGCAGAAAAGCUACGAAGUCUGCCAGAUAUUCACUAUUCCUUCAAGAAGAAUACAGAAACGAAUAACAAAUAAUAUUCGGAACAAACAUUUUAUAUUUCAAAAUAAAAAUAACGUUAAUUUACAAUAA